CUCUAUGACGUCACCGCCGGAAGCACCGUCCUGCCAUCUCGGGCCCGGGCUUCCGCCGACGGGUGCUGCCGGUGGCCAUGAGCAAGCGCAAGGCUCCCCAGGAGAGCCCUAACGAGGGCAUCACCGACUUCCUCACCGAGCUGGCUAAUUACGAGCGCAACGUGAACCGGGCCAUCCACAAGUACAACGCCUACAGGAAAGCGGCCUCGGUUAUUUCCCGGUAUCCCAGCAAGAUCCGGAGCGGGGCUGAAGCCAAGAAGCUGGAUGGAGUAGGUGCUAAAAUAGCUGAGAAGAUUGAUGAGUUCUUAUCCACUGGAAAACUACGCAAAUUGGAAAAGAUUCGACAAGACGAUACGAGUGCAUCUAUCAAUCUCCUGACCCGAGUUACUGGCAUUGGUCCUGCUGCUGCGAGGAAGUUUGUCGAGGAAGGAAUUAAGACUUUAGAAGAUCUAAGAAAAAAUGAGCACAAGCUGACCCAUCACCAGCGAAUCGGGUUGAAAUAUUUUGAAGAUUUUGAGAAAAGAAUCCCGAGGGAAGAAAUGCUGCAAAUGCAGGAAAUUGUGCUGAAAGAGGUAAAGAAGCUGGACCCAGACUAUAUUGCUACAGUUUGUGGCAGUUUUAGACGAGGCGCAGAGUCAAGUGGUGACAUGGAUGUUCUCCUAACCCAUCCAAGUUUCACAUCUGAAUCAUCCAAACAGUCAAAACUUCUGCGUCAAGUUGUAGAACAACUGGAAAAAGUCCACUUUGUCACAGAUAUGCUGUCUAAAGGUGACACCAAGUUCAUGGGUGUCUGUCAGCUGCCAAAUAAAGAUGAUGGAACAGCCUAUCCACAUAGGAGAAUUGAUAUCCGGCUUAUCCCCAAAGAUCAGUAUUACUGUGGUGUACUGUAUUUCACAGGAAGUGAUAUAUUCAAUAAGAACAUGAGAGCUCAUGCUCUGGAAAAGGGCUUCACGAUCAAUGAGUAUACAAUCCGUCCUUUGGGUGUCACUGGAUUGUACAGACCUUCUACCUUUCAAAUAGCACCUGUAAUUUGCUUGCAGGAGUUGCUGGAGAGGCCCUGCCAGUAGAAUGUGAAAAAGACAUCUUUGACUACAUCCAGUGGAAAUACCGAGAGCCAAAGGAUCGGAGUGAAUAACUGCUUGUCUAGGUUUGUAACCUAGCGACAUGUUUUCAUAGCUUCUCCUGAACAUACAAAGUGUAUAUUCUUUCUUUGGAUGUUAUUGCAAAAAGGGUACAUUAUUGAUGUUUAAAGCAAGUCCAUGGCACUAGCACAGAAUGUGUAGUGAAGAUUAAAUCCUGUAAGGUCUCAUUUUGAUCCCUCCCUCCCUCCCUCCCCUGCCAAAGCUGAUUAAAACACUGUGUUUAACUGAAUGGGCUGCGAUACUAGAAGAACCUGUGAGGAAGGUGAUGUGGUGGUCCAGACCCCUUAGAGAACGCAUAUUGUCUUUUGCUUUGGGAUUUAGAGAAAAAUGAUCAGAUGAUAAAACACAGGUUUCUAUAAAACUCCUGAUGAGCAGAAAGGUCUGAUGUCAAGGCAAAAUGUUUCAUCUAACUUAAUUUUUUGUGGCUUGGUUUGAAGAUGGUGGCUGUCAAUCAAAGUUAAUGCUGGUUCUUUGGAGUCACUGGAAAGUCUUACAAAACAAUAUUAGCCUUUUAUAAAAGGCUAUGUGCUUUGAUUUGAUAACACCUGUGGUGAUCAAGCUAUUAGGUCUUUUCUAACAAUUUUAGUAGCCCUUGAGCUGUGAUCAUUCAUUAUUAGAAAAGUCUGGAUAUUUACAACUGAACAAAGCCUCCUUAGCUUGUUUCUUGUAGUUUUGAAAAAGAUGGUCAGAGUUCUGACGCUCCCAUGUUUAAAUAUCAUAUACACAGACAUACUCUGUGCAAACAUCACUAACUGCUUAAUAUCUAAUAUCUAAAACGUGGGCAGUUCUUGGAGGAAAUAAUGUACAUUUUUUUGCUAUUUACAUUGAGGUUGAAAGGAUUGGAAGUAAAACUACUGCUAUUGCAAAUUCGCUAAUAUGUGUGAUUUCUCUUUUUUAAUGCAGUUUAUGUCUGUAGAGUGUCCUGGAAUACUCAAUUAAACGUUCUGCUAAUAGAAGCUGCCAGCCUAAAUUGCUUGAGUAUAUAAUCUACAGUGUCUGUGUGUAGUAGCAGCCACUUUAUAAAUAACCAUAAUCAGAUUUGGCCAUGGGAGUGAAUUAGUACAAUUAAGAAAACUUUAAAUAGUUCUGAAACUGCAGUAUGAGACCAGUUUGUUUCAUAUGUAUCUCAGGAGACUAGGAGAAUUGUAUUAGGAGAGCAUUAUUCUUACAGCACUUAAGUGCCAUAAUUAUUAUAAGAUUAUUCUUAAGGCGCUGAGAUCUCUGACUCUGUAUGUUUAUGUUUUUCUUUUCAGAUGCAUAUUUGAAGGGGUGGGGGGUGGAAAAAAGCACCUAGAAGUGUGUUUCCUACCUGCACUGAGUAGAUGAAAGUAUAAAAAACUUUUAAUAUUUGUUAUGCAAAACAAUGAAUUAUGACUCCCGACUAGACAGCAAACAAGUUGAGGCAGGCUUUUCGGAACAUAGAAAUCAGGCUAAAAAAGACUGCCCACGUGCCUAGUUGCACAGCUACCUGCUCUAAUAUUUUUUUACUUAAAAAUAUAUCAGAACACCAAAAUUUAAUGAGAAACAUGAAAGGCAGAAAUGUCAUAAAUUCUAGUGCUGAAGUUGCACCUUGGCACAUAGUUACAGAAUGCAAAGUCAUUAUCAUUGGUGCUAUUGAAAUGCCACAUUUUUAUGUGACUAUAGAAUGCAUGUAACACUCAAGCCAGACAUAACUAACAAUUUUCUGUAGGAUUUCAAGUUCAAAAUCGGACAAGGAUGUUGUAUUCAAGCUCUGCAAUAACUGGAGCAAAUGGGAAAAGGAAACGGGCUACAUGUCUUUGGAAGACGACGCCUGAUCUUGAAGUGGAGUUUUUAAAGCAUUAUUCAUGUCUUUGUUGGCUGCUGUCAAAAAUCUCCAAUAAUGGAGAAUGUGAAAUCUGCUGGGCCAGUUGCCUUUUUUGCAGCAUUCUUAAAUGUUACAGGUCAUUUUGAUGCCAGGUGGAAAUGUUUGAGGGAUCUAGACUUUAAAAUACUCUUUUGAGCUUUUUGAAGAAACUGAUCCUCACUUAACUUGCUUGCCUAGGAAGAAAGGACAGGAUUCAAUCUUCUAGCACCGCAUCAGCCUAUUUGACACACAAUUGCUUAUCAUUCAGGUUUAUGGACUGAAACAAAUUUAAGGUGUUAAGGUGCUUAUGUGUUGCAGGCUGAUGUUUCCUUAGUUGCUGCUGUUAGCUUGCAGAAGGGGAGACCUGAGUUUGUGUCACAGUGCACAAAUAACUCUAGAUUAAAAUGCCCAUCCUUUAUACUGCUUUGCUUUACUAAUGUCUUAGGUUUUUGGCAGGUGCUUAGGUGUGAUCAGUUGUGCUGCUCUGCUGACUAGUGUUUGACAAGACAAACUGAAGCCACAGUCACAGCGCUGAAAAAAAUUCUGGAUGUUGAGCAGUGUCACUUGGAACUAACUGGCUUGCAGAUUCUGGUCUGGAAAUGAUGUGCGCUGUAAAGCCCAGAAGCACAGCCUGAGGUGCAAAGGCAGUUUUCUCCCUCUUGGCCUAUGACAAGCAGCAUCUGAUCUGCCUUUCUGUCCUUUCUUCAGCCACUCUGUCUUGUCCACAGAUUCCUCCUAGCUGCUUUCCCUGUGACAAAUCAAUGCUUAACAUGCCCUGGCUGUGGAUUAGUGACCUUCUUCCCCUGCCUCAUUCUGGCUUUCUCCUUUUAUUCAGCCCCAAAUGUCCUACGGAAAUUAUUUAAGAGAACCAGAGCAAAUCCAAAGGUUUCCAUGUUUUCCCUUGUAAGGAACACAGAACGUUACACCAUCAUGUAUGCUGAAGUGUGGUUUCUUUUAUACAAGAGCCCUCCCUUGCCAGUUCUGAACAAAUUUGUAUCUCCUUUGUGGAUAUUUCUCUUAUCCACCAACUAAUCCUUGUUUACUGGCUAAGCAUCUAUUACGGGUUUGGCGAGGUAUGGAGAGACUUUGUAAACGUGUGGAAAUUCUUGAUGUAUGUAAAGGGAUUAUUUUAUUCCUCCUCUGCACUGGCUCUGCUGCCGAGUUUGCUGUGUUAAAAGCGGUGUGCUUUUCUUUUACUAAAUGAUGUAUCUGCUAAUGUCCUCCCUAUAGAGUUUGUCCAACUGAAACUGGCUGUAAGAACUGCUCUUGUGGCUUUUAAAACCAGGAGAAUGUGUGGCUGUGUAGAGUGUGUUCUACAGUUGCCUCUGUCUUUGUUCUCUAUGUCUCUGAUUAGAGUGCGGUGACAUAUUCUGGAGAAUUCCUUGGAAGUUCUCCAGAAUAGUUUUUCUAUGUAUCCGUUUCUCCAGUUGGGUAAGCAGGUGUGUGAGUACUUGCAGUUCUUAUUUUAUGUGCUUAACUCUUCAUUUAAUGGGCUUUGAGUGGUACAGCAACACAGACGACUGUUUGCAAAUGUUGGGAGCUCCCGAGAGCUUUGUGUUGCCCAAAGACAGUGGUAGCAGAAAGCAUUCCACUUUUUUUUUUUCCCCAAGAACAUUACUAUGCACAUUAACUAGAUUACUGUUAUGAGAAUUUUGCUGUUAUCCUAUUCCUCAUAAGUGAGUCUAAAACAAAAGAAUGUUGUCAUUGCAUGUGACACAAUGGAGGUUAUGUUUGCAGGCAUAGGCUUUUGUCAGGAUGGACCUUGCUUUUACUUACAAAGUAAAGGAAGCACUAAUACAGAACAGCACUGUGGGUGUAGCUCUCAUGAUAAUUUAGUGUCGGAGGAGGCAGCUGAGAGCAAAUAGCCACAUGUUGCAGAUAUGCUGUGACAGGAAGAGGAGAAAUGGCACUGAAUUUCCCUAGAGAGUAGAGAAAGGAGAUGAUAAUUCUGAUGAGAGACUGUAGAGUCUCUGAAGAGUAGGGAUACUUUGCCUUGUGGUGCAUUUGUCCUGGUACCUUGAGAGAACAAUCAACCUAUCUCUUUCUCCUGAUAUUUUUAAUCAUUCACAGACUUCUACCCGCAUAAAUCUUUAAAGACAGAAAGAUCCGUUCUCAAUGAAGGCCAUAGAUCCUAUUUUUUAUGUAAGUGUUACUUUUUUUUUUGACAUCAAGCCUUGAUCCAGAAAUGUUGAGUGAUGAAGAAUAAGUGGUCUCUAGUUUUUUUUAGCAGGUAAAAAACAAACCACAAACACAGACACUAAACCCAACCACCCAAUUUAAAAGCCUAUGUUAGACAAUUUUAUAUAUUAUUUGACAACUGCUUAAUCUAGCAGCAACCGUCCUGCUUCUGAAGACAGACUGCACCUCUUCUCUUGGUUAACCAGCCUUCUCUUAGUUAAGAGAUUGAACUUUGGAACUGAUGUAGACAUUUGCCCACUGAGAACUGCAUAUUUGUCUGCUAGAUCUUUCUUCUGAUCUGUUUCUAGUUCUUUGUAUCUUAUGUGUAGACACCAGAAUGAGAAAGCUGGCUGUGUCCUGAAGCACUCCUAAAGAAUACCACUUUCACAGAUUCGCAGAACGGUAGGGGUUGGAAGGGACCUCUGGAGACCAUCUUGUCCAAUGCCCCUGCUUGAUACUAGUAUCUGUAUCUCCUUAUCUCUGUGUUGAGUGUCCUGGUGCAGUGUUGAAGCUUAUGCUAAGCUCUUUUCCAUAUCCUUACUUCUAAAACUUUUCAAUAUGGCCACAUGCUAAUGUGACCAUUCUCAGGUUGCACAUGACCGGUGUUCUUUGUUUCUAGAUGUGCUGUAGUACUUUCAGUUGCAGUGUGCUAUAUUUUGUUGAACUUGCCAUUAUCAAGACAACUACUCUGAUUAGUUGAUGCAUUUCUACCACUCCUAUAGAGUCGAUCUGCCCUUUUUAAUAUGCAAACCUGUCAGCUCUGAUUUUAUAACUCCCCUUAAAUCCUUGUGAAAGGUAAUGACUAUUUUGGAUGUGAGAGGAGGUCCCGUCAAGAUUGCAUUACUAGUUGUAUUUGGGACAGGAAUUCUGUUGGUUAACUUAAAACUUAACUAAAGCAAACUACUAACUUUGAAGUAUUAUAAAGCAUCAGCAUGGAUUGUGUAGCUGCUACGGUAUUUGAAUACCUUGUAGAAGUAUAGGGCAAAUGUAUUGCAGAAUUGCAACCUUGAAAAGGCAAGACUAUUUUAUACACAGUCAAAUUGACUAUUGCUACUUACAUAAUGCUUUUCUUGAUUUGUUAAUUAUUAGGUCCUGUAUCUGCCUUUAUGGGGCAGAGAGGAGGUUGCACCUGUAUUGCCAGGCUACUUAACCUGACUUGAAUGACGAAACAGAAACAGAUGUGCAACUGUUUCUUACUUUUAUCUGACUUAAGCCUAUGAAACAAUUACAUUUUUACUUGUUCUUAUAGAAUUAGUGUUCAUCACUCUUGGUAAUAGAGAUUAUAGACUGAUACUCUUGUUUAUCCCUUUAUUUUCUUCUGUUUUUCCUAUUGGGAGUUUAUUUUCUGGGAAUGUUCCCCAGCCCUAAUGAAUGCAGUGGUAUGUAAUGUGACUAGAAGUUAACUAUGCGAAGUCUUCUGAUGCCUCAUAGUAAAAAUAUCUAUAGCUGAUGUAUUCAGUGUUUUCUUCAAUAGUCAAUGGGAAUAAACAAAGUGAAAAUUUCA